AUGGCUAAGCCUAGUGUAUUGUUCGUCUGCGUUCACAACGCUGGUCGCUCCCAAAUGGCCGCCGGCUAUCUCAUGCAUCUGGCUGGUGACACCAUUGAAGUCCGCUCUGCCGGAUCGGCCCCAGCCGACUCCAUCAAUCCAGUCGUUGUCGAAGCUAUGCGCGAAGAGGGCAUCGACCUCAGCAACCAAAAACCUAAGAUUCUCACUGCCGAUGCAGUCCAAGACAGCGAUGUGGUCAUUACCAUGGGCUGUGGCGAUGUCUGCCCCUUCUUCGCUGGCAAACGCUACCUCGAUUGGCAACUCAAUGACCCCGCCGGGCAAGGGUUAGAUGCUGUACGGACUAUCCGUCACGAAAUUCGUCAACGCAUCGAGAAGCUCAUCAUCGAACUCCAAUCUUCUACUUGA